AUGGAACAGUUUCAUUCUGCCGCUGCAGCUGAUACUGUUGUCCAACAGUUGCUUCCCACACCUGAGGCAGCUCCCCUUCCAGAACCACCUGAUCCAAAAACAUGUUCUCCUCGAGAAUACAUAGAGUAUUACAUAUUUCCAGUACUCUUACCUGGACUGGCUGAACUUUUGCAUCAAGCAGAGAAGGAAAAGGCUUUGGAGAAAAAAAGGACCAAAUUUAUUGCCUGGGAUUUCCUGACUGAGUGGUUAUACAACAAGAACCCAAAGAGGAGAGAUGAGUCAUUCACGGAAUUCUUUUCCAUUCCUUUUGUUAAUGACUGGCUGAAGGACCAUCCUAGACCACCAAUUCCUCUGUCUGUGCGUCUGUCAGAAGAAGAAGCAAGCACAGUAAUUCAGUCCUUCUGGAGAGGUUAUCGGGUUCGUCAUGACAGUGAAAUACAAGAGCUGUGUCAGUGGCAAAAGAAGUUGAGAGAGGAAAGAAACAUUAGUAACGUAGUGAAUGAAUUCUGGACUAAGCAGGAAGCCAAAGGUAAGUUUAAACUGGAAGACAACUUGCUGCCAGUAGGACACUGCACUUAA